AUGGGCCGAUCUACACUACCAACCGUGACCAGAAAUCACUCGUCUUCGUGCAAUCCAGAUGCUAUGGCUUACACAGAAAAGAGUACUUCUACUUCCAUCUCGAGGCGUACAAUCCAUGGUAAAAUGCAGCCGAUUUCCACUUCAAACCAUCAGCAGCAGCACAACAUUGAUAGGAAUACUUCUGAACAACUUGUUCAUAAACCCAAUGAAGGAAGCAUGGCAUCGAUCCGCCGAUUGUCAAGGGAUUCAACGCUUUCCCAUACCACAAGUCCACCUGCAUACGAAGAGACGGAAGCGGUCUCUAGCGCAGAUAAACUGAGCAGAUAUACUGACACUGCUAUCAGCGAAGUCGACUGCCCAGUUACUACGAUGCCGGGCCGCAGUAGGAAUUGUCGUCCUGUUUUGGUCCCGCGAAAGAAAGCAACACUUCGCACACGCGAUGUAAAAAAGACACUCUGA